AUGAAUAAGAAAUUUUCCCUCUUUCUUAAUGGAAUAAUUUGUCGCCAGAAAGUAGUUUCACGUUCGCACAUUGUAGCCAACUCGAUUAGUGGUAGCACAAUAUGGAUGUGCAAAAAUGGAGGGAGAGCUUUCGGGACGUAUGGUGCAGUGACCAGGAGGAGGCAAAAGCAGAGGGAGAAGUUCUACGAAGAAAAGUACAGACAUAACCCUAAUCACGUGCCCAAAUUUUCAAAGGUGAAGAAAGGUAGCAGGGGCGGGUGGAUAUAUAACCCACUCAAGCAAGUGACCAAAAAUAAUGGCUCGAAUUUUAUGUAUGAACAGAAAGUAGAGGAGGAAGUCAGCACAGAAGAAAGGGAGUGCAUAAACCGUCUUAUGCAAAUGCGUAGGGAGGUUACCAAGGGGGGAGAACCUCAUCCCUACAGUGGUGGGAAGAAUGACGAGGACAGGCAACAGAUGAUCUCACCCCCUGUGAACCUCUUCUCUAUAUGUGACAAUUUUAUCGACAAAAAGAAAGAAAUAAUUAACCAAAUUGAGAAUCCACAGUAUUUUGUCGACACGCAUAUAAAGAAGCUGACCAACGAGUAUACCAAUAUAAAUCGCCUUCAUGAAAGUGACAAUGAGAAUGGCUAUGCAAAGGCUCCAGGGUAUUUGAAAGAUGUUCGCAGGAAGAGGAAGAAUGUCUCGGGUAAAACUCUCUGGGGCAACUGCAAGGUUGUGAAAGAUGAGGCGUGCGAAGAUAGGGACGGCAUAACCAAUCGGAUGGAAGUACCGAAAGAGGACGUGACGAUUGUGCACCCCCCUGAACCAUACACAUUCAGCGAAAUGUGCCAAAAAGGGGAAUCCCGCAGAGAGAACCCCAUUUCGAUGGAGGAACCCGCAACAUAUAGUUGCAUCCCGGAAGGCAAGCAAAGCAAUUUAAUAGAAGGCGGAGAUGCAGAAGUUGGUAAAGAGCUGGAAUCCCUCCUGGAGAACAACCUCACGCACUGCGCGAGUAACAUGACUGAACAGGGUGUACUUCAAAACCGCGAAGAUGAACAAAUUUUAAAAAAGCUUUACAUCGAAGACAUUUUAAAUUACGCAGAUGAAGGAGAAGAGAUUGACAUAAGUUGCUUAGACGUAUUCACCACGUUGAGCACAGCCGAUAGGAAUAGAAAACUGGGGUCUCUUUUUAGCAGCAAGGGAGCUUCAUUCAUUCUUUAUAAUAACUGCAUUAUUGCGUCCAAGUUCUCUAAGGGUACCCUGCAGGAAUAUUUCCACACAAGAAAUGCUUGCAGCUUAUUUGAUAAGUCGUACCAGCUAAUAGUAAAGUUCACCGGAAGGGAUUCCAUCUACAUAUGCAACCAGUUCCUAUCUAGUGACCUAAACGACAUGAACAGUAAUGACGUUUGCUACGCCUGUGUGUUGGACAACAAAGCGUACAUAAUAGACACGGCUUACGUACUAAAGGGGGAGAACGAAGUCGUAUUGAUAUCCUCAGGAUACUAUAAGAAGGGUCUUUAUGAAUACUUAAGUGACUAUAUUCUAUUUUGCAGAGACAGCGGAAUGGAUGUCCACAUACAAGUCGAGACAAACAAGAGGGUGCUGUCCCUGCAGGGGCCGCUAAGCAACCUGGUCCUCAAUGAUGUGCUGGAUUAUUUUAACUGGGAAAAUGCAGCCCAAGGGAAGAAAGGGGUGACGUUCCUAAAAAAUGUAAUAAAAGAGGACACAGAAAAAGGUCAGCAUUAUGGGUUACACUUCCAACGGGAAGAAAAAGAAAAGGACGAAUUUGUUAACAUGCCGUACAUGAGUUUUAAAAAAUUGAACAUGGUGAAAAAUGCAAAGGAAGCGAUAAAUCUGAGGGGGGAAGUACCGCCCCAUGAUGAGAUGAACAGGUAUGAAAUUCUGUGCGUCCGAUGUGGAGACACAGGAGAAGAUGGAUUCGAAUUCGUUGUAGAUAAUAACAUAAGUGACUACUACGUUGAAUUAUUUUUAAGCCAUGUGAAGGUAAAAUUGGCGGGAGCAUAUGCGUUAAAUAUGUUGAGAAUGGAGGCAGGGAUUCCACUUUACGGCAUCGACAUUUUUAAAAACACAACCCCCAUUACUGCAUCCCUUGCUUGGACAUUAAAAUAUAAGAAAAUUAAAGAGAGAAAUAUUUUUGGGUACCAAAAUUUACUAAAGGAAUUCAGCAUGAAGUCCAAGUUUCUACGUAUUGGCAUAGUAUCUAAGGAAUUAAUUUUUAAGACGUGCAAAAUAUUGUCCUAUCCGUAUAAGGAACCCAUUGGCUAUGUAACCUCCUGCACAUGGAGCCCCGUUUAUGAAAAGCGAAUUGCUCAGGGGUACAUCAAAAGGGAGUUUGCCAAAAAUAACGAAAAGGUGCUCAUAUCUAUACCUACGGACAUCCCGCAAGAAUUUUCGAAGAAGAAAAAAUAUAAAAUACUAAGGAGCAGAUCGGCUCACAAGUUUGCGCUCGCCCAGGUGUGCGCCUUUCCGUUCGUGGAGCAUAAGUAUUAA